AUGACGUUCCUCGUUUGCCCGCGUUGGCGAAGAGAGCGCUCUGCUUCGCCGUCAGGUGCUUACCCCUACGAGCAAGUUCAAUCGGAGGUCCGACUCCCUCAACGUCACAUGCAGGGUCAAGAAAGCUUCUCUCACAGACUUCGACGUCGACUUUCUCGAGAUUCGAAGAGCUUAAGCGAUAUUCGAGAAUAUAAGAGAUUUUUGCUUCCUUUCUCGCGAAAAUCAUCAAGAUCCGCGUUCUCGAAGCCAAACCUAGACCCGACGGACCUAGGGUAUUACGGAAACAGCUUGACCAGUGAACGAGGGUACGACAGUGAUGCGCAGUAUAUUACAACACCAAGACAUGAUCCAUUAGGAAGAUUUCCUGCUAGUCGAGGAUUCCGGCGACCGGAGCUGAGCGAUUUGAUUGAACAGAGUCAAGAGCGCUCGGAGGCUGAACGAUGGGCUGUUUCCAACGGCCAGACAGUCACCGACUCGCAAGAAUCUGCUUUUGGCAUGCAUUUUAUUCCAACACCACCCGGCAGCUUGAGAGGUCCUCCGAGUACCUUCCACACAGCUCGUGAUACCGAUGAAUCCAAAUACCAGCCAUCAACCCCCUCGCCUCUUAGGCUUGAGCGGUCCCAAGGAAGCUCUGGCAUGAAAAUGAAAUUUGGAAGAUCCUUACCAUCUUUGUCUUCAAUCAACGAGCCUGGGACUAAAGAUUUUGAACAAUCACCUGUUCUCAAUGUCCCUGAAAACUCCAGCGGUCGGGAUCUCAUGUCGGACUGGAAACAGUUUAUGAAAACAGGCCUAGACAAAUAUGGAAUGGGGUCUUCAGGGUCAAUACCCACUCCAUCAGCAGAUCUCGUGGUGCCCAAAACGAGACGGCCUUCUAACUCAGCCAGGUCAUUUACUGACCCUCAUUCACUGCAUCUCAGUGAGCUGGGUAUUUCGAAUCGACUUAUGACUCACUCCCAGUCAUCUCAAGUAGCUACAUGCAACCCGUCGAUCACUGAGCUAGUUCAAAGGAAUCGAGGCGGGUUUGGUAACUUUUCGCAGGAGAAUGUCAAAUCUCUCCAGUCAGGUGGUUCAACCAUCUCUGCGAACGAUACACCAAAAGAUCCAAACGGCCAGAGAGAUGCAUCAUCUUGUUACUCGCAAGCCAGCCCAUCUUCAGGAACACUAUCGAUUGGAGGGUUGUCCCUCAAAAAGUUUACUAACAAAUCCAUUGAAUCCAAACCAGCAAUGCAAGAGAUAUCUAAACUCGGAAGCGAAGUUGUGAAUGUUCCGGCUCCCCGCAACACGCUUCUCAGCAGAUUUCAGGAACAUUGUGACUCUGGCAGCUCUGACUCGCCUCAGUUCCAAAACCAUGCCACCGGUCUAGUAUCACCACGCAAAGUCAGUGUUGGUUGGAUGUCUGGAGGCCGCCGAGUUGGUUACGGAUAUAGCGCAGUACCAGGCAAAGACGGGGGUUCUCCAAAAAAGGAUAAACAAAGUCAUCCACAGGUGUGUCAGGUGCCUGAUUUAAAAGCUGAUUUCACAACGGUCAAUGGGGUCUAUGAUUCACCUCCAAGCCAUCAUCGACUAGAAAAGAUCGCACGGUUGUCACCAUCCCCCAGCCAUCCACGGCCCCCUCUAUACAAUGCCCUCACUGGUCCCAGAUCUAUCAAGUCUACAAAAUCAAACGCUGUUCUACCUCACUUUCGGGAAAUCAUGAAUCGUUCCAGUCAUGAACAGAAUCCAAUUAUCAGUUCGACUGAAGACAGCUCAAGGGUUUUGUGCGCACCAGAAUUGACGCCUACGGUACAGACAGAGUAUUGUCAAGUCCCGCGAAGCUCUCAUUAUACCAACAAGGGAGCAGGCAGCGACACUAUUGCACGCCAGUGGGCCCGCAUGAGCCGAUCUGUAAAUACAAAACCUCGGACUCACACAUACAAGCCAGGACUCGAUGGAAUGACUUAUUCCGAAAUGCUACAAGAAGGUCUUUUUUCGGUUGAUCGCUCAGAUGAGACUGAGGCGGAAUACCUUGACGCAGAGAAUCAAGACGAUCAAGCUAAUGUUCCUCAACAUAAUAACUUCCGAGCUUCUCGAUGGGUGAACAAGUUCUCUAGGUACAGGGAGAGCAGGCGGCCGACCACACGCCAACAAGAACCUUCACAUUCCCAGUCUUCCUCUGGUGGUUAUCAGGAUUGUGAUUCAGCCAGUAUCAGUCUCAAACGAGAUACGUCUACGAGAGCCAACGCGACUGAUGAAUUGGAUGAUCUUGAAAUGCCGGGUUCCUUUGAAGGCAGUCGUUGGGCAAGCCGAAUAAGUCGGAUGCUGUGA